ACCAAAACCAUUCUCAUUCCCCACCACCAUGUCACCCGCAAUGCACGCUAAACCCCACGACGUUAUAACCACCCUCGCACCCCUCAAUCCAGAUAUCCAAUCCCACAUCUGGCGCUUCCUUACCUCCUCCCCCUCCUGCUCAUUCCUCUGCACCUCCCGCGCCGUCUACGCCCAGUCCAUAGCCAACCUCUACUGCCAUGUCGUUCUAGACAAAUGGAACGCCAUGCGGUUCUUCAAAGGUCUCGGGUUGUCCGAGGACGAGGCGGCCCCGCUCAGUACGGCAGAGCAGGCGGGUUUGUUGUGUCGCUGUACGAGUAGUAUCCCUGGAGCUGGAGGGGGGCGGACCCCCGCCAUGUCGAUGUGUGCACCCACUACACCGCACCGCUCACCGUUCGUACACAAGAUCAUGCUGCUGCGGCACUGUCAGAGCUUGCAUCUCGUAGACGUGCAAGCAGCCGUCUGGACACUCCGCGCAUCUACAAAGUUUGACCGGCUCGACCUGUAUAGCUAUGGCCACCACCGCCUGUUUCCGAAUCUCACAUCGAUCCACUUCGGCCAGUCGCUCAUACAUUAUGCCAACGAAGAACCUCGUGAGGCGGUGGUGUUCCCGCCGAGGGUGGAUUGGAGCGAGUGCGCGACGGGGAAGAAUGAGCAUCUUAUCCCGGGGACGCAUAUGAGCGCGCUGCAAGUCCUGAAUGGACUAGCAAAAGAGUUUAGCGGCAAGCUGUCGGUGGACUGUGAUUGUGAGGGGUGCAUGGUGGCAAAGGAGAAACCAGACGGGCGAGAGUUGGAAUUCGACUUGCCAGAAGACGAGCCGCUGUCAUGCGCGGUUCUGGCAUUCAUGAUGGCUAUAUCACAAAAAUGCUCGACUGUCAAGAUACACAAUGUUGACCCUAUUGAUCUUCAGCUCAAUACCGUAGGGAGAAGGAAUCAGAAUAUCUGGGUGGUGGGUGUGGCAGCGGAAAAGGUGAUGCUGUAUCUCAAGCCUGAGGCUUGGAUGUACAACACGCACGAGGAGAGUGUGUUUCAGUUUAUCAGGGAAGAGUUCAGCAUUACUCGGGAUGAUCCUACUGUUCCAUUUGCAGAGCGCUAUUUUGGAGAGCGCAGGUUCCUGUCGACCACACCCGAGUCUAUCGAAAUCAUAAGCAACUCGUUACACAACAUGGACAGUCUCGCCAACAACAUCAUCCAAGGACUGCCUCAUGGGCACCUUAUCGUCGACUCUGGUAUAUUCUCUGCGAGGGUGCCACAUCCAUUCGAGAGGCAGCAUCAAGAGGUAUGCGAUGACUCCGGCUGAGGGCCGUCCGUGCAUGGUCUGUGCAUAUCUCCCAUCAAAGCGUGACUGAAGUAUAUUCUGAUGUCUACAUUGCCUUUUGGGCAAGCAUCAUGAACGAUAAUGAACGGUGACCAACCCCUUUCUAUAGACUUCUCCCAAUACACCCACAAAACCACCCACCGCCUCGCCAUCAUCUCCACCCACUCCCAAUGCCAGCGCGACCUCUUCCCCUCCCCCUCCCGGCCUACACCGCCCACGCCGUCUCAUGUGUUGAGAAGAAAAGUGUGGAUGUUGUUGUUUAGGAAGGAUCGUGGGAUGAUGGAGAGGGCGGAGGGAAAGGGGUUGGUAGAAUGGAUGGAGGGGGAAGGGAAG